AUGCCGCGUGCCGCCGCUCUCCUUUUGGCGACGGCCGCCUUAUUGUAUUCGGCUUAUGCCCAAACUCCAGUGAUCGGUGGAUCUUGUAAAGUUGGUACUGCUGAUGUGCAAAUCGGUGGAAAACAGACGCAAUUUUUCUUGAAAUGCGAACCCACUGCUGAAAGCAGCAACGGAGAAGGGGUUUGGGUGGUGAAAUCUCGAUCAGCCGCCUCACCGACAGUGUCCACCACGGCAGCUCCAACCGAGAACACUCAACCACAACAAAGGCCACCAAUGUUCAAGUACAAUCCCAAUAUUUGCGAGCAAGACAACAAUGCUCGUGAGGGUGACUCGUGCUCCGUGUCGGCUACAUGUCUUCAGGCAAACAUCGAAAAUCCGACGACUUUCUUGCAAUGCGAACAAGCUUCGACUCGUUGGAUCAAGAAAUCCUGUCAAGACACUUUCAUCUUCAACUUUGAGCAACAAGCCUGCAUUGUGCCCAAGCGCUCACCAUCAUCUCUCAGCCGUCAAACGGUUUCUGGAUUGGUCUGCACCUAUUCCUCUUGCUCAAACUCUAACCCUUGCUCCUCCGGUACUUGCAACAACGGAUAUUGCUGCUCGUCUUCUGGCAAUAGUGGAUCUCAAAUCAUUGCAUUCGAGCACAAUCGUGUAAAGAGAGUGCGUAGAAGAGCACUGAAAAGGGAAACAAUGGUGUUGAAAGCGGCCGCUGAUUGGCCAAUCGGUCCACCGGGUAGGGGAUUCCCGAUGGAGAUUUCGAAACUCGACUCAGUUCUCAUCAAAGCUCGCGGCGAUGGAAAUGUUUGCGCUGGCGGCUUCGAGUCGCCGAUCGCUUGCGGCACGGUCGGCCUUGAGCCUUGCCCCGUCGGGUUGCACUGUGACGAGCUGCUGCACGUGUGCUGUCCUCUGUUGUUGCCGCUAGUCGACUCGCGAAAUCCAAGCCGAAUCCUUGACAUCUACCGCCCAGAGACUGGCUUUCGCAUUGAGCCUGAAUCCGGCCCAAUUCGAAUGCACUCACUCUCCAGAAAGCCAGCUAAUUUUGCUCAACCCAGCAGCUCAUCGUGCAAUGGAUGCCAACAAGCUCCACAAAUCAUCACAAUUCCCAGUUGCCCCGGUGGGUCGAGCUCUUAUGGAAGCUGUGCAUCGACUGGCUUCUGUGCCACUGGAUAUCAAUGUAUUCAGGGAUCUUGUUGCCCAUCUUACUCUCAACCAUCAGUCACCGUUUACACUUGCCCCGGAGGUGGAUCAGCGGUUGGCAAUUGUGUUUCCGGUGGAUGUGCUACUGGCUACACUUGCUCAUCUAGCAACCAGUGCUGUCCGACCACCAAUCCAUUUGUCUGCUCUGAUGGUACCCAGGCUGCUGGUGGCUGUGUGAACGGACUUUGCGGUACCGGAUACACUUGCACGAAUGGACUCUGCUGUGCAUCGACGUCCUCAUCGCCAAAAUGUCUUGAUGGAUCGCCAGCUGUUGGUGCUUGCAUUCCAUCGUGCACUGGGAAUGGCUGUGGUGGAACGACGCUCACCUACUACUGUGGAUCUGGAUACACUUGCACGACUGGAAACAUUUGCUGCCCAACCACCAGUUGCCCAGAUGGAGGAGAACCAAUUGGGCCAACCGUGAACGGUUUGUGCCCCACUGGCUACUCAGCCCAAGGAAACCAGUGUUGCUCGAUUGUGGCCACGUGUCUGACUGGAGAAACGAACAUCGGUCUCCCAGUCAAUGGUCUGUGCCCAACUGGCUCAACUCUUCGUGGAACAGUCUGCUGCUUGACGUCGACAACUGUCUCGUUCGCGCAAGCUUGCCCGGUUUCCGUCCAACUCGGCCCAUGCCUCUCCACCAACUCAGCCUUCGACACUUGCGGUGGUCAACUCGGAUACGCUUGCCGUGCCGAUGCUGACGGUGUUACCACCUCGAUCCCGCUCGUCUGCUGUCCACUCGUCGACUAUUUGGAUCCCACGCUAAUCAUUGGGCCAGCCAUCGGAAACAGUUGCCCGAUCGACUACACUCCAGUCUUCAUUCCAGCUGACGGAAUCAUCGAAUGCGUUGCUCUUUCCUCAAUCCCUGGCCUUUGCGCUUCGACUUCUCAAUCCGGCCCUUGCAUCUCGGGAGAUUGCCCAUCUGGUUACACUUGCAACAUCUACGCUGAUGUCUGUUGCACAGACACAAUGAGCAUGAGCCGUUUGAGAAACGGAGUCCCAACAAUGCCGCCACGUUCGAUCUUCGCUAACAAGCCACAACCACCACCAGUCGCAACAGCGUGCCCGAGUGGGGACGAGCCGGUGUCGGCAUGCAUAAAUGGUUUAUGCGGCGCGGGUCUCGAAUGUUACAACAAGUUGUGCUGUCCGGCCGGCUUGAAUCCAUCGUAUGGAUCGGGAGAGGAAAAUCUAUCGUCACUUCUCGCAGCGGCCGCCUCAUCAUCAUCAUUUGAUCAUCGACAUAAGAGGUUGUGCCCGAAUGGCGAGGAGGCGCUGAGCAGCUGUUUCUCUGAUGGAUCGUGCGGUGAUGGCCUCGUUUGCCUUGGAUCAGUGUGCUGCGGCACGCCGAGUGUCUCGUCGAUUGAUCGAUCGAGCAUGCACUUCAACCAGGCUCGCCCCAGCAACUCAGCGAUCGGAGCCCCGUGCCAGGCUUCGCAGCAAUGUGCCGGCUUCUCGGAGGGUCUCUCGAAAUGUGAGCGUCGCGUUUGCCGUUGCACCUCGAUCGCCUACGCCAAGGGAAUCGCCUGUGUCCGAAAGAAGAUGCUCAUGUUCAACGACGAGCCAGUGCCCGUGGAGGCUGAGUCGAACUCGAUUGUCGCCGCCGCUCCACCCAGC